AUGCUGUCGUGUUUUGGCUGUGGUAGCGAUAGCGAGGAGGCAGAGCGUGAGCCUCUGCUGCCGCGUUACAAUGACGACACAACACUGCAGACGCGUCUGCACGAGAAGCUCCAUACAUACCAGAUGCUACGAGCCAUUUCCAAAGGAUAUAUGCCCAGCAACCAACAAGUCAUCAUUCACUUGCGAACUCUGCUAUCAGCCCAGAUCCUCAACCCAGAAAGACAAGACCUGAGUCCGUCCGGGCGAGCACUGGUCAGGACCAUCAAGCUAUGGAUCACUCAAUUCAUCGAAGUCUUGCAGCAUAAAAACGCCAGCGAUCAAAUACAGGACUUUAUCUGGUAUCUCACCAAAGCGCGUCUUGAUGUGGAUGUUUCGCAUAUCGAGCAAAGAGCCGCCAGGGCCAAGGUCCGAGCCGAUGCCGUUGCUGCGUACAAGAGUUUGCAGACCGUCGGAUCCUUGCUGCUAACCAAUUCUGACUUUCGCAUCUUCUUAUCUGACCUUGGCACCGUUGGAAGAGAGGUCCUUCGAGACACCGCCUUUACUUUGUCUGACGUUUCCAAGCAGGCUGGUGAGGCCAUCAAGCCAACGGAGGAGGAUGAGGAUGCCUUGAAGCAGGCAAACGGAAAUGGCAAAUCACGCGCCGCCCCGUCGAAUCAGGACUUGAAGGAAGAGAUUACCGACAUCUCCGAGACGGUCAAGGACAGCGCCAUUGUGGUGGCCGACGAGGCAGGUCAGAGCAUCAAGGAACACGCCAAGGGCGACGAGGGCGAUGCCCUGGUUCACCGACUCAAGCAGACCGUCCUCAACCUCCGGAAGCGCACAGACUACAAGGAGUCUGUCUCGACUCUGUCACUUCUCAUCAGACGUUACCUACUUGCUUAUUCGCACGCCGCCACCGAGACGGUUCAGGCAUUGGAGGAGGACACCCAGCCCAACCCCGAGGCCGACAGGGCGGUGCACAACUUUUGGCUGCUCAUCACCUCGCUUGGUGACCACGAGCGCUGGGAAGAUGUCAGGCGGUCAUUCGACGCCGUCGUGGAAGAUGGCCGUACGGACCCCAACUUUGACGAGCUCGUGCGACAGAUUGGAAACCUGGUGCAGGACAUGCUGAGCGAUCCCGACUUCUUCGACAAUGCUGAGGAACGGUUCAAACGUCUGCGGAAGCAGUCUAAUGAAUUGACGGCCAAGUCAUCCAUCAGAGAUGAUCUGGACAACCUCCUGGCAAAUCUGCAUGCUGCCUUCCAGUCAGUCUUGGAGGAUACAGACAUCAAGAAACUCAUCCACACAACUGAGAGGCUCGCCCAACUGCUCUCCCCUGCAGGCCAGUACGCUAACAGCGAUUUGGUCACCGACUCGGUCAACAUCUUUGUACCUCUGCUCAUCCAAGCCAUCCAGUACAUUCCGAUUCCACGCGUCGAAGUGGCUGCGCCCGCGAUUGACCUCCUGCUUGAGAAUCUCAUCCUGGAGCCGGGGCGUACCGUUAAUGCGAGCUCAUUCUUGCCCUUUAAGCUCAACGUCUCCACCUACAAUAACUUUGAAGUGCGGAAGGCCCGGCAUGGAACUGCAUCCACCAUGACCUCGAUGAUGAAGGUGACAGUGUCUGGUCUAUCUAUCGCGGCGGAUGAUUUGGGCUACUGGUUCCGUCUACACUCUGGCCUCUUCCGGAUGGUAGAUGAAGGUAUUGCAGGGUUCCAUCUCGACAAGCGCGGUGUGGAUAUUACUCUGGAUAUCGAGAUUGGCAAGGACCAUCUGGAACAGAUCGUGACGUUGCGCAACGUGGACGUCAACAUCCAUCACCUCAACUACACACUCAGCAAGUCCAAGUUUGCGUGCCUUGCCUGGAUCCUGAAGCCAAUCAUCCGGCCCAUCGUGCGCAAGGCUCUCGAGGUCAAGAUCGCGGCUGGCAUCGCCGAGGGGUUUCACUUCCUCAACCGCGAGAUGCUCUACGCGCGGGAGCGGCUGAGGGCGACACGGAUAGCAGAUCCCAAAGAUUUGUUAACCUUCAUUCGGGCCGUCGCGGCACGCCUCGUCCCUGCCCCCGAUCCCGACAUUGAGGCCCGUGUCGGGGUCAAGCCUGGGCAGGGCGUAUUCCGGGGGCGCUAUGCACCGGGGAGCUUGGUCCGGCUGUGGGAGAUGGAAGGCAGGGAAGCGGAACAGAGGCUGUUUGAGUACGAGCAAGGAGGAUGGAAGAAUGAGAUUUUUGACGUCAGGACGAGGCGAGCGUGA